AUGUCCCCUGUACCUUGGUGGCUUCUUCUCGAAAAGCCGGAAUAUUGGUCUAAAGGCCAUGGCGACUGGUGCAUUCAAUACGAUAUACGACUUGACACAUUUCUUCAAGUCAUGAAGGAUUGCGAGGAUGAGGCAAUACGCGCCGGUCAACUUAUGGAGACUCAGCGUCUCUCUGGCCCAAUGCGAGACAGUUGGAAGAGCGGCAACUUGGGUCAUAAAAUUGACCGGCGAUUCUUUCGACCGACUCAAAACUUUGACCCUGACAAUGCCUGGAAGGAGAGGCUUCAUCUCUUGACACCUGAAGAAAAGGAGUAUAUAGAUAAAUGUGUAAAGCUGAAGUUUGAAGAGAUGGACACGAGACCUCUUGCUUGGGAUCCGGAUGAGUAUACUCGAGCAUACGAGUGCGAGUGGGUGGAAUGA